AUGGCGCCAGCAUGCAAGGCCUCCGUCACGUUCGGCCUGAUGUCUGCUGUCAUCCUCCUCGUGUACUUGAAGACGUUGCCACCAACGAUCGUUGGAGGAGACUCGGGCGACAUCGUUGUGAGCGCGUGGAAGCUCAGCGUUCCUCACCCUCCAGGCUACCCGACCAUCACGAUGAUCGGCCACGUCUUCAUGCACUACCUCCUACCGUUCGGCGAGCCAGCAUGGCGCAUGGGAGUGCUUAACGCCAUCUUCGCCGCGUCCUCCUCGCUGCUGCUGGGCCUCACGGCAUUUGAGCUGUGGGAUGACACCUUGAGUGCGGCGACGGCAACGAUCCUCUACUCCUUCUCUCCUCUCGUCUGGCAGUACGCGACUACCCCCGAGGUGUUUGCGCUGAACAAUCUCUUCGUUGCUCUCCUUGUUGCCAUCUACGUCAAAGUCUUGACUGCUGCCGACAAGCACGCGGCUCUUCGCUGGACGCGCCUAGGCGUCCUUUGUGGUGGAAUCGCGCUGGGCAACCAGCACACGAUCGUGAUUCUGCUAGUUCCCAUCGCGCUUGACGUGGGAGGAGCAGAGGAGGAGGAGGCUACUGCUAAGACAACCGGCAGGUUCUGCUCACUCUCAGACUCGUAUCUCCUCCUCGCCCUCCUCAGUGCCGCACAUGGGGAUGAGAUCUGGGGAGAUGUCACCACAGCUGGGGGCCUGCUCAGACAUCUCCUGCGAACUGAGUACGGAACGUUCGACCUUAUUUCAGGGGUUGAUCGCAGCUUGUCCUCGGCCCUCACCAGCCUCCUCCUCUACCUCCUCACGCUCUCCCGCGAGUCCUCUCAUCUCGCCAUCCCCUCUCUCUUGCUGUCCUGCUGGUUCGCUGGCUCGUCCGCUGCUGGAAGAGACCGCAAGCGCGUCAUCGUCUCUCGCCGCCUCCUCCUGCUAUGGGCCGCAUAUGCUUCUUCCACUGGAGGAGCAACCUUCCUCUCCAUCACCCCCUGUAACUGCUGCAACUCUCUCAACCUCGCUCAUCGCCGGCGCAGCUACCGAGGAGUCUUGAAGCGAUUUCACUUACAGCCGAACUACCUUGUCUUCGUCCUCAUCGCGCAUCUGCUGGCGAAGGUCUGCAGGAAUGCGAUGAGAAUUGCUGGAGGCAGGAAGGAAGAGGAGGAGAAGGAGAACAAGAAAGCGAAGCUGGACAUGCAGCUUCCUCUAAGCGUUGCCGUCGUCGUGAUAGUCACAAGCCUGCAGGUAAGCAGCACAUUAGAACCUGAUGUCUGGGUGGAAAAAUCGCGAUCAGAGUGA